GCGUUGCUUUGAUCGGUCCAAACGGAAAUUGGGGUUGAAUUGAAAUGUGGAAGUGUGUGGAUGGUCUCUCACGCGCGUGGUUUUUACCGGCUUUUCGAGAGCAGAGCAGCGCGCGGAGACUUCGUCGGGAGAGAAGAGACAAACCUUGCAUUCAGCGCAGCUAGAAGAGUGUGGGCACCCCACGACGUUUUGGACCUGCACUGAUGCAGCCACCCCAGAAUGGAAGGAAAGUGGAUUUCGAAGUUUUAAGUAGUAUAAAAGCGGCAAGUUAGUACAAAUCAGCAUCCAGUUCAUUGUCUGGGAUCGAUGCGAACAAUUAUAAGUGGGAUCGCAAUGAAGUUGUUUAUAUGCCUGUCAGCGCUUUUGUUGGUUUCAGCUAACGCUGAAUCAGAUCAAAAGAAAUCUGCUGCUAAUGCAGUGCCAUUGGAGAAGAAGUUGGACAAACGUGGUUUGUUGAAUCUGGGCUACGGGUACGGAAUCAACGGUCUGGAUGUGGGAUACAUCGGUGGACAUGGUCAUUUGGGAGGAGCCUACCAUGCUGCUCCUGUAGCAGCAGGAGGAGCCUAUCAUGGAUACGGCCACGGACACAGUUUCCUACUGGGAGGACACACCGAUGUGACCAAAACCGUUACCCUGGUUAAGGGAGUUCCAGUGCCAUAUACUGUGGAGAAGCAUGUGCCUUACACCGUUGAGAAGCACGUCCCAUACCCAGUGAAAGUACCAAUCCCACAGCCAUACGAAGUUAUCAAGCACGUUCCAGUGCACUACAAGGAAUACGUGAAGGUCCCAGUCCAUGUGCCAGCUCCGUACCCAGUCGAAAAGAAGGUCCCAUACCCAGUGCACGUUCCAGUUGAUCGUCCGUACCCCGUCAAGGUGCUGGUACCUCAACCUUACACCGUCGAGAAACACGUCCCAGUCCCGGUCAAGGUUCCAGUUCCCCAGCCGUACGAAGUGACCAAGCAUGUCCCAGUGCCCGUGAAGGUUGAAGUGCCAGUGCCAGUGCCGUACACCGUCGAGCGGAAGGUCCCAGUGGAAGUUAAGGUUCCGGUUGACCGUCCCUACCCAGUCCAUGUCCCUGCCCCAUACCCAGUGCCAGUGGAGAAGCCCGUUCCAUACACCGUGGAGAAGCCUGUCCCAGUCCCGGUGCAGGUCCCAGUUGACCGUCCUUACCCAGUCCCGGUUGAAAAACCAGUCCCCUACCCAGUUAAGGUCCCGGUUCCGCAGCCCUACUACGUCGAGAAGCACGUCCCCUACACCGUUGAGAAGCCCGUGCCCGUCCCAGUGAAGGUCCCCUUCGACCGCCCAUACCCAGUGCACGUCGAGAAGCACAUCCCAGUGGAGAAACCCGUCCCGGUCCCAGUGCCGGUGAAGGUCCCAGUGGCUGUCCCGGUUCACCACCACCACGAACCAGUUUACCACCAUCACCACGAGCCACUGCAGCACCACUACGACACCAGCUACACGAGCUUCAGCGGCUACGGACACGAUUACAGCUAUCACCACUAAGUACCUUCUGCUAGAUAUUGUUACCUAAAUUACGCAACACCACUAUACUGUGUGGACGGAAAACCCACUGCCAGUUACAGUUAUUCACCCGUCAACACCACAUUCAUCCGUAAUCACCAUCGAUCGCCCGUCACCAAGGCGACGAAGCAAGAUUAUAAGCACUCAACACAACCACACACUUGCAAAAAGAAACAAUGUCACCACUAAUUUGUUAAUAACUCCCCUUGAUUGUAACUCUUCGAAUUAUGUGUGCGUUUCACAACUCAAAUCUUCUUCCAGUUUUUAUUUUACUCUGAAUAGCUAUUGACCGGGCUAUCGAUUCGAUAGCCACCGCCGUCGCCGCCGCCUCGAGCAAGGUCGUCUUUCCUUUUGUUCAGGCGCGAUUAUCGAUUCCCAAUUCGGCCGGCAUCCAAAACAAAAAAAAAAACAAGCCCGCAUGCACCCGUUCAAGGCCACGAACCGCGAGGACGGGCGAAAAAUAUUGAAACCAAAAAGUACGACUCGUACGCAUGCAAAAAACCAAGACAAAGCAGAUUACGAAACCGAAAGUUACCAACCACCCGAACCCUGCCCUGCGGCGCCAUUGUCGUGUGAUACCGUUGGGCUGCGGGGCUGGGCGAUACACAUUUUGAUCGAUUCCUCUUUGGCAACUGCUUCUUCUCCUGAUCGGAAUCCCAAAUCAGAAGCUGUUAAACAGUGCGCUGAUCUACCGCAACCCCCGCAACCGAAACCGUGACGUUCUUUUGUUUGCCUAAGUUAUUUUUAGUGUGUACAACUUACCGAAAUGUGAUUAUUUUUUUUUAAUGAAUCAAAGUUCGUUGAAAGAAAAGGAACAGCAGAGGCAAUAUGAUCGGAUGAGGAUGCGUAGGAGCGAAAGUACGUAAAAGGACGCUGCUCGAGUUUACCAUUAAUUGUGUAUUUUUAUGUAAAUAUAAGUCGAAAAAUGGAAAAUAAAGAAAAAUUGUAAGUUUUAUAGUUGA